CCCCACUUAUGAAAACUUCUGGAUCCGCCACUGGUCCGCAGGGCACAGCUUUAUACGACCGCAGAAGUCGAACCCUGAACAGUUGGGACAAGUAUGGACACAACAUUCAAGCUUGAUACAGCUCUGAAUUUGGAUUGCGAUCAAAUUGUUGACAUAACAUAUAAGUUUUUGACACAAAACAAAUGUCAAGAUCUUACAAUUAGUAUUGCGCAAUACUGUAUAAUAAGAAUGAAUACACAAUGUUUAUUAACCCAUAAUUCAGAUCAAGUAAAAAUUUUGGUAGUGUCACAUUUACAGUUCUUGAGUUUAUAACGUUAAUGCUAGGGAGGGCAUCAUUUGAGUCCCAUGAACAUGUUCCCUAUUUUUGACAAAACCCCUUAAUAUUAGUUCACUUUCUUUACAGUUGUAUUGAUUUAAGUUACUGUAACCGUCUUAUUUAUCAGUAAGGAUGCAGUAUUUUUUGCAAAGAACCAAUGCUAUCCAAAAGAGUUCAAAGAAUGAAAAUGUAUAAAUAACUAUAGGCCACAAUAAAGGUUGUCAAUAAUGAGAAAUUUUUGUACCAUAUACAUGAAGAAAGCUUUAAAAGGCCCCGAUAUGAAACAUGUGGAACAAUUAAAAAAAAAGUAACUUACGUGUUAAUUUACUAAAAACAAAUAUGAAGGACCUAAACCAAUAAAAAAAAUACGAAUUCACAGGCCCUUGAAGUUGACAUGGUACUUAAAGAAAUUAACAGAGCUUUCUGCAUGUAUAUUUCAUUAUUUUAGAUCUACAGCUUAAGGUUGCAAUCAUGAGAAAAUAUCAAAACUUUUUUUGAUAAACAUAAAAAAGUGAUUUUUGAUAAUUACUGACAAGACAAUGGUUUAGGUGAAAACAUCAAAUCUGUGAUGAAAUACAUAUUUGAAAUAAUACACGUCUAUAACCUUUUUGGAAUAAUACACAGCUACAGUUGCAAAUUUUCCAGAGGUGCUAUCCAGCACUUUGAUUUUUAAACUCAUGAUCAAGUAAUAACAAAACUACUAAAUUACUAAAGGAAUACAACGUUAACACUAGCAUGACUAACAGAAGGACAAAAAAAUGAACAAAAGACAAAUAAAUAAGAAACAUUGAUCCUGAAAAAUCAGGAGCUAAGUCUGAGGUAGAACAGAACAUGCUUCUUGCAAGGCACUCACAGUGAACACAAUUUGAUAUGGAGACAAGCGUUUGGAUUUUAAUUUUCCUACAUUAGGCACUUCCAACAGUAGUACAAGUAGCAUUGUGGAAUCACUUGUUUGUGGAUAUUUUAUUUCGUGAUUUUAAAGAAGUCUACAUAACAAACCCAUAGGAAAUAAGUCAUUCAUUGAACUUUUAAUUUUGGGGUUCACCUGUACCCACUAAAUCUACGAAAAUUGGUAUCCAACAAAUAAUACAUUAAUAAAAUAAUUAAUACUUAAAACUAUUUAAACACUAUUUGUUGAAUAAUUUUAUUAUUAUUGUCAUCAUCAUUAAUAGUAUUAUCUAGUACAUAUAUCGAAAAAUUAAAACACAAAAAUGUAGAAGGAUUAACAAUGAUUAAGUUUAAAAAAUCUAUCAUAUAUUGUCGUCUUUAAUAUAUUAAACAAUACUGCAAUUUAUUCAACUGUAGACAUAAACCUUAUUGUAACAUACCACAAUUUAUUAAAGUGUAGACACAAACAUUAUUGUAACAUUUGUAAUUGAUUGGUUCCUUACUCAACCCUGUACUCUGUCAAACCAAUCAAUUAUGAAUAUUAGUCUCCAAAGUAACAAAAAAAAAUUUGUAUUAUUAUUACCCUUACAUGUAACCGCAGCCAGUGCCAUAAAUUUAAGGAACUGUUAAAAGCACAUGAGUAAUUGUCAUGCUUUAAUCUAUGAAUCCUAAGUGAAGUAAUAAUUGAUGAAAUUUACCUUUUAAACGACCUCAAAAAUUGAAAAUAUUUUGGCCGUAUAUUGGUAAUAAAUAAAUCAUGCCGGUGUCUUUCUCUUUUGAAUUAUUGUACAUGAGUCAUUGAGUGGUUUAUAUAACUUGCAAUUCGACAAGAGCCGUGGCCUUAUAUCAUAAAGUUGUUAGGUGCACACAUCAACAGCAUUGAUAAUUAUGGUUAUCAUGGCAAUAUGACUUGCCUUUUUUACAAUUUUUAUGAAGUUUUGAUUGUUUGUCAAUGGAUUUGUUUACCCUUAUUAUAAACAUAUUCUAAGUAGCUAGUUUGAACAUUUUUCACUAAUUCAAAGGACUAUUAGAUGUAAAAUCAAAUGAUGCUCUGCUUCCAUAUUAUGUUUUAAAGGGACAUAACUAAAGGACAGUCAAAGGGACGCUACCCAAAUUAGUAGUUGAUCUGGGGAUUGAAAUUAAAUUAAAGGUCCUCUAUAGCAGACUUUCACUGUUUCCCCAGAUAAGAGAACCAAAAGACACAGAAAACAAAAGUCAAACCAGAGCUAAUUCCACAGAUUGUAAAAUUUCUGAAAUCACUAGACUGUCCAGCACCGACCAUUAACAUAACAAAAUAUCUACAGUUUAGGACAUCAUCAGAAAUCAAUCCAACAUUGUAUGCCAUGCAAAGGAAAGGUUACAUCAAGAAAGUCUGUGAUAAACCUGUAAAUUGGACAAUUGGACACUCAUCUCCUGCACUUAUGGACACUGGAGAAUCAGAAUUGAGGGAUUUGAAAGAAGAAACCUUCCAUGGGGAUUUACAAAAUGUAACUAAUAUGACAGAAGAGCAUUUAAAGCUCUUACGGUUAGAAAGUUUUCAGUCAUCUAGUAGUAGUGAACAGCCAUCAAGUUUACAAAGUAAUUUUUCAAAUCCUCCAUCAUUGAAAUUGGAACCUGUUGAAAAUGAAACUUUAGUUAGUGAUUUUUCUCAUCAGCAGAUUUCAGAUUUUGAAAGAACUGAUAUGGAGACCGCAGAUGCUGUAAAUAAUGAUUUAGAUAUUAUGUGUAGGAAAAAUGAGACCAUUAAAACUGAAAUGAAAUAUUCUGAUGAGGAUCUUGUUUUGGAAGCAUUGUCAAAAUGUCCAACUCAGAUGGGAAGAACGUUUGUGAUUAAAAAAUCCUUAGAAAUGACAGAGGAACAAGUGGAAUCUUUAUUGGAAAAAAGUGCAAAAAAAAGCUUAGUUAAAUUUGAUGGAAAUAUUUGGGUAAUGACUCCUAAUGGAGUUAAAUAUAUAAAAGAUAAACUUGGUAUCAAUAUUGAUGAAAAUAUGCACACAAAUGUACAGAAUAGUAGGCAGUUUCAGAAGCAAAAAGUACCAAGGUCUGGCCCGCCUCCAUCGCCAAGACAACUACUUCAAAAUCCUAUGCUGACAAGUGCAGGUCAGAAUAAUUUAGAUUAUAACACUCCAGGAGCAAACAAUUCACAAUCAUCUUUACCAUGUUUACCUCUGGCUCCAAGAAUAGGACAGAUACAGCAAAUAAGGGGAGGUAACCCAGUUCCACUCAUGCAUGUAGAUACUAGUAUACGUAAUUCACCAAUGAUUAGAACACUGAAUAUGUCAGUUAGAUUGCAGAACCCUCCGUCAUCAAGACUUGUUCAACAGCAAAUUUCACCUUCAGCAGUUAGACCAAGUUUACUAACACUUAUGAAAAGCAGUAAUAUAAAUACUACAUUAAAUAAAACACAAACAGAGGACUUCAAGUCUAAUUUAAACUCCAUGCCAAAUUCAGUUGAAAGUAUGGACCAAAGGUCUCAGUUUUCUAGUAUGAAACCAUCUGGUCGAAUACCGGUUGCAGAGAGAUUGGCACACCAAACUUCACCAACAACUAGUGGCUUUAAACCAUCACCUUCACCAACAACUAGUGGCUUUAAGCCACCACCAUCGCCAAUGGCAUUGGUUCAACAAGAGAGGAAAACAAGUGGUAUGGAGGAACCUAAUUUAGUAGAAGAUGCUGCAAAGGGCAUCCAAGCUCUGAUGCAUAUGAGUGGACAGAACAACCAAACCAGUACAUCUUAUAAGGCAAAUGAUUCAUCUCAAAAGAUUGUUUUGCCAACACCAGAGAAAAGAUUAAUAUCCCAGCAACUUCUGGAAUUAGAUCAAGUAACCAUUACAGGGAAUACCCAAUCUCAUCAACCGAUGUCCAAUCAGGGACGACCUCUUCCAUUUCAAUCAUUACCUGUAACAGGUAGGCCCCAGAUGGCACCACCUCCUGGUCCACUAAGCCUGGAUCUGACCUCAGAAAGUUUUGCUGCUUUGAAUAAAAAUCCUGUGAGUGCCUUGAUGGAAUACGCUCAAUCUAGGCAUAGUGUUGCUAGAAUAGAAGUCAUGUGUCAAAAAGGUCCAUCUCAUAAGCCUAGAUUUUUAAUGGCUGCCUAUGUUGGUGAUAAAAUGUUAGCUACAGUUGAAUGUAUGAAUAAAAAAGAUGGAAGAAAAGAAGUUGCUGAUAAAGCUAUGAGAAUAUUGAUUGCUUCUGGGGAGUACAAUGUUAGUACUACAUCUUCGACAGUGUCCAAGAUUGAUCCUGCUAGUAUGACACACUUUGACAAAAUUGCUGCCUUGACUCAUCAGAAAUUCAAUGCUUUAGUAGCUUCUAUAUCAGAAAACUUGGCAGGAAGAAAAGUUGUAGCUGGGAUUGUGAUGAAGAUGUCAGAAGCUGAUAUGGGAACUGUGAUAGCUAUUGGAUCAGGAAAUCGCUGUAUAACUGGAAAAGAGCUAAGUUUAGAAGGCAAUACUGUAAAUGAUUCACAUGCUGAAAUCAUCUCAAGAAGAGGAUUUAUAAGGUUCUUGUAUAGAAGACUAAUGUCAUUUCAGCCUGGUAUAAAUGAUGAGAUAUUGGAACCUUCAUCAUCAGGGAAGUUAAAGGUUAAAGAUGGGAUAACAUUCCACUUGUAUAUAUCUACAGCACCAUGUGGAGAUGGAGCUUUGUUCUCACCCAGGGAUGCUGAAUCAAACAAUGCUCCUUUACAGUCUCUAAAUGAUAAAUCUCAUCAGCCAACAUUUGCCAACCAAGUCCAGGGUGUACUCAGGACUAAAAUGGAAGGAGGAGAAGGCACAAUACCAGUGGAUGAAGAUUUUGUGGCCCAGACCUUUGAUGGGAUAUUGCGUGGGGAGAGAUUAAGAACCAUGUCAUGUUCAGACAAACUCUGUCGCUGGAAUGUUUUAGGCAUGCAAGGGGCAUUACUCAGUCAUUUCAUAGAUCCUAUAUAUCUGAGCUCUUUAACCCUAGGAUUCCUAUAUGAUCAUGGCCACUUGUCAAGAGCAAUGUGUUGUCGAGUAGACAGAGAUGAACCAAAAGUAGAAACUAUGUUACCAAGUGGUUAUAGGCUGAACCAUCCAUGGUUAGGACGAAUCACAGCAUGUGAACCAUCUAGGGAGACACAGAAAACAAAAGCUUUAAGCGUAAACUGGAAUUUCUAUGAUGACAGACCAGAAGUGACAGAUGGCACUGAAGGAAGAUGUUAUACUGGGAUAGAGAAAGGGAGUAUGUUCUCCAGAUGUACAAAGAGGAAUUUCUACGAUGCUUUCAAACAUGUCUGUCAGAAGUUUGGUCGUCAGGAUCUGUUACAAGCUGAUAGUUAUUACAAAGCCAAACAAAUGGCUAUAGACUUUCAGCAAGCCAAACAAGUGAUGCUGAAGAAAUUCAAGGACCAGAAGAUGCGAGUGUGGGUCUCUAAGCCAACUGAAGAGGAAAUGUUCACUUAGCUUAGUAGGCUCAUCAAUUUGCUUGUUCUUAACAUACAAUGUCUGUUGACACUAAAAACGAGAGUUAUUUACAGUGAUGUAGUUAUUGUCUUUAGAGACUACUAUAAUCUGGGUAUUACAUAGAAUAAAAGUUUCUAAGCAGAAGCAGCAUAUGUCAACUGGUUUCUGUUAUGCACAGUCAUAUCUCUAAAUAUCUACCUUUUUGGAGAAACUCAUUUCAUGGCUUAAAGACCAAACAGCCUAUUGUUUAUGCGCAUCAACUAACGCAACUGGGUAGUGACAUAAAAGCUCUAUGACGUUGUUUCUAGCAAUGAGAAAACGUCAAAUUAUAACGUCCUAUUUCGCGUUUUUCACGCCGGAAUUCCAACAUGGUGUACGCUUUUUAAAAAUUCGUCUCCCAAGAAAAGAGGAAUUAAGCGUUGCGCUGAUAUCUUGUGGAAAUUUAACACAAAUGGACACAAAAGAUACUACACUAUAUUUAACCUUCGUUUUAAUAAAAAUAAUAAAAUAUGAAUUUUGAUCACGACUUUUUUGCGCCGAUCUGCACCUCAUUUUUUUUAUUCUUUCACAUGCGCAUAGAUUUUGUCUUAUAUUUGCGCCGAUCUGCAUUUCAUUUGUUUUUAUUCUUUCACUUGUGUAGAUUUUGACUUUCAUUGGCGCCAAUUGUGUACGGAUUACCGGGGUGAAAAUUAUUUUUAUGUCCAGUUUAUGUUUUCUGAUCUGUGUGUUCGUUUGGCCGUUCGUUCGUCUGUCCGUCCCGCUUCAUGUUAAAGUUUUUGGUCAAGGUAGUUUUUGAUGAAGUUGAAGUCCUGCAUGUCAACUUAAAACUUAGUACACAUGUUUCCUAUGAUUUGAUCCUUUUAAUUUCAAUGUCAUUUUUUCAAAAAUAUCAAAAAUUGAGUAUUCAGAAGGUCAGGCCGAUAAAAAAUUAUUUCUAGAAGUUUUGACAUACUUGCAACGUAUGCAUGUAACUGAUAUCUGGAUGAUUCUCGUAAAAUAAUGUCCGAACUGGCAAUGAAGUUAAAAUUUAUUUAUACUGCUUGUUUGGCAAAAUCUCAUAAUAAAAAUUAAAUUAUGAUAAAGGGUCAUUGUCGUUUGUCAUUUGUUUCAUUUAAAAUUGUCUUAUGAAGAAAUGAUAAACAUUUCGGCUGAUCUGACUGAAACUUACAGCUAAUUUCCUAAUGUAUGUAGAUCAACACUUUGGUUUGUUUGUAUAUUUUGUAUAAUUUUAUUUUGAUAAUGUCCAAUGGAAUUUAAAUAUCAUAUAUACAGGUUUACAUACCUAUAUAUGAAGAUGUCAAUCUUAAUUACAAAGCUUGAAUAAACAUUCAUACAAACAAAGCAAGGAAGCCAACCAAAGUUUUACCCUUCUUGCAUUCGGAAAUUAGCUGUAAGGCAAAACAUAUUAAUCAAAUUAAUACUCAGCAAAUAUGAUUUAAAUCAAAAUGGUCGGUGUUUAAAACUUAAUUGUUGUUAAUUUAACUUAUGACCAAAAAAAAUUGCUCCAAGAAUAAUAUACAACAAAAAAUCUCUCCCUUUCAUUUAGCUACGACUAUGAGCGAAAAGAUUGAAAACAAAUUUCGAUUUUCAAUGCCGGCAACAACCUUAGUGUCUUUGUUUUAAUUUCCAAAAUUAGCAAUUUAGAUUUAUAAUAUUUUAUCCUGUUGGAGAAAUCUUACUUUGUAAUUUUCAACAGAAAAUUAUUUUUAAAUUAAAAACUUUUUGUAUUUUAUAUUUGCUGUCUAGUUUAUUCAAAACAUGUGAGGUAGUAAUAACAGGGAUUGUAUUUUAUGAUAGAUGUAUAAAGUUUUAGAAUCAAAAUCUUUAAUUCAUAAAUUAUACCUAUAAUUUUAAUUUCCUUACAUCUUAAAAGAGGGACGCAAGAUAAAUAUUCAGAAAUAAUGAAUUCACAAACUAGAUGGAAUAACUUUUAUACGUUCAUCUUAGUCAGGAAAAUAUAAUGGUGUCCAUGCUUUUGUAUGUCCGUCUGUCAACAGUAGCAAAUGAGUUCGUUACGGCAAACUUCUGAAAUUAACGCGAAAAAAAAACCCACACACAUCUAGUCUGAUAUAGUCAAAUACUCUGUAGUUAGCCAGUGCCAUCUUUCAUUUCUUUUUUUAUUUUCAAUAAUUUUGUUAAUGAGGGGCAGAGGACAAAAACAGACUUUCUAACAAAAGCGGCGUGAAAGGUAAUUUCAAACAAUUUUCCAUUCCGACGGAUGGUGCAUGUUUCUGAACGUUAAUAUCGUGCGGAAACAACAUCAUAAGAUCUAAUACUGACACAUGCAUAAUCUCUUGUAUUACCGGAUAAUAAAGUAGGUGAAUUAAGUUGUUAUUCUUGGAAAUUUAAAUGUGGGUUUCAAACAUUCAAUUUGCGAUUUUUUUCAAAUAGUGCGCCAGCAAGGAAAGUUUUGUACUAUGACGUCAGAUGCAAUGUUCUGAAGAAAGACAACUCUUUUCUUCAAAACGAAAGAGAAAAAAACAUGAAAAUUACUCAUAACUUUUUUGAAAGGUCGGUGACAUACACUUUUUUUUGCUUUAUUUUGAAAAGUGCACAUGGCACUUUCCUUCUUGAAAUUAUUAUAAAGAAAUCACUGGUAGAUAUUUUUUAAUACUGGAAACGUUUUUCAUUUUUACGUUUUAUUUUUGGCGGUAAUGAAAUAAAUCAUAUUUUUAAAGAUCAAAACAAUAUGAGUCUUAAACUCUUGAACCUGUAUUAGCUAGAUACAAAUCUACUGUUUAACGUGAAACAAGAAUUAUGCUUGUAGGUUUGAUAUAAAGUAUUUUUUUGAGAGUUUAUAUAACAAGCAAAUAUUAUGUUAAUAUUCGGGAAAACACGAAACUGAGGUUGCUAUAGCGACAAAACUAAGUCGGUGACCCCCAAUUUUUUUCAUCAUAUUUUGUUCCUCAAAUCAUUAAAUACCUUCACACAAAAUUUUAAGGAAAAAUCACUGGUAGAAAUGAAUAGGCUGUUUGGUCUUUAAGUGGUAAAUGGUUAUACAAUGUGUUUAAAGCUAUAGUGUUUUUUGUCUAACGCUUUACUGUUAGGUGAGCACACUCUUAAAGCCAAAAAAAUAUUGCAAGCUCAAUUAAAUUGCACAUUAUUGCCAUCAUCUUAAUGAAGUUAUAGCUUUAUAGCUUGUUGUUUGGUGUGAGCCAAGGGCCUUACGUUGACCUAUAAUGGUUUGCUUUUUUUUUUUUUUAAAUUGUUAUUUGGAUGGAGAGUUGUCUCAUUGACACUCACAUCACAUCUUCCUAUAUCUGUUAGUUUUAAAGUUAGUUUAUGCCUUGUUUAGAAGGUCUGUUACCUUUAAGUUGCAACAAUACCAUUAUCUUGCUAUAUAUAGAUUAAAUAAUAAUUCAUUACACUGGUCAAACCACUUCAUGGCAAAUAUGAUAUUGGAAUUUCUUAGUAAAUUCCUAUUUUUCUCAAAUUUUUAAAGUAUGAUGUGUGUCUGCUGACCCAAAAUUAAAACAGCUCCAUCCUGUAAGGGGAAGUUUGCCAAUGACCUGCUUCUGCUUAGAAACUAAUUAAUCAUGUUAUUUUUGACAAAGAAACAUCUGCUAAUUACUUCUGAUUAAUAAAAUUAAAAAAAACUUAGUUGGCAUACAUUAAACAUUCAAUAUUAUACAAUUAUAAUUUACAAAUACAGUCAACAUCAAAUGAUGGAUACGAACUUAACUUGAAAAUUUUAAACUGAUAUAAUAGACUCAAAAACAUGAAGUCACUCAUUUGAAAUUGCAAUAAGAUUUCAUAAUAAACAGUAGAAUUAUUAUCUUUAAAAUGAAAUAUAGAUAAAUGGAUUCUUUUUUUGCAUCCUUUUAAAACCUGAUUAUCAUGUAUGUAUAAGCUGUAACUGAUGAAGUAAUUUCAAGUCAGAUUUUUCUCUGUUAAACAUAACAAGAUUAUAAAGUAAAUUAAUUAAUUGGGUGAUUUUAUUUUAGCAUAAAUCGUAAGAUUAUCUGUCAUGUAAGAAUAAUGCAAUCUUAUAAGUUACAUUUUUAUGAUCAUUAUAAAAAAAUGACUGAUUUAGAAUUGACAUUUGAAAAAAAAAUCACAUUAAUUUUAAAUUUACAAAGGUUUAGUGCACUAAAUCCCUAAGAAUAUUGAACUGAUGAGUAUAUAAUGUUGCUGAUAAUAUCAUGCAAUAUCAUAUACCAGUCAAUGUUCCCAGAAUUAGUGCCAAAUCUUACCUCAAGUGGACGCAUAAUCUGUACAUAUAUUGUGAUCAUUGCUUUUCGUUCAUUGUUAUUACAAAAAGUAUGUUUUGUAUCUGUCAUUCUCAGAUGCAUUUUCGUAUGUUUUUAAAGGUUGUUAUUCAUAUUAAGACCCUUGAUAUAAAAGGAUGUUUAGCUUGUUACAUUUAGAGCAUUCAGUUGAUUAAUUUUUGUACAACAAUUUACACAGGAACUUUUUUAUCAAACCAUAAUUACUUUAACUUUAAGUUUUGUUACUGUACUGUUUUUUUGGAUCAGGUGUCAGAAAUUCUUAAUAUAGUUAUUUUAGAAAUCUUAUGUAUCAUGGAAAUAUAAAUAUAAAUUUUUAAUGUUUUUAUUUGUUUUCCUGAAUUUUAGAUACCAAUAUCAAUCAUGGACAUUUAGUAUCCCUCUUCAGUUGUCUUUUUUGGUUCAUUUUCUUUGUUUUUAAAACUUAUCUGAAAUCAGACAAUAACAACAAAAAAGAAAUCUAAAAUGUUUUAUAUAAUGUACAUUGUCUCUAAAAUUAAGUAAAGUAAAUGAAUAUUUAAUUAUGAAUAUAAUACUUUAUGUUGAAGACCAAAAUACAGAUGCUUUUAUAUUGUUUGUUAACUGGAUAUCCUGAUACUUUUAAGUAGAGAUGUCAACUUGAUGGAGAUUAACUUAUCUAGUAUGUUCUCAUUGGAUUUACCGAGCAAUACUCUAAUACUAGCUUGGAAAAACAUCUGCAAAAUCGAAAAACAAAAAUUAUACCCAUUUUAUGAACUGUUUGUCAGUGUGAUAUUGACGAUAACUUUAUUAUCUGGGAAUAGUCUUAACGAUUUUUUUUUAAAUUAAUUUAAAAAUCACAAAAAAAAAUAUAUAAAUAUAGAAAGGAGAAUGGAAAUGCAUUUCUAUUUAAAAAAAAAAAAUUGAAACAAAUCAGCUUUUUCAUUUGGAUAUAUGUUGUAAAUCCAAUCUAAAUGAAGAUAAUUCUAUACAAAAAACAUCCUGUAAGAAACAUACAUAUGGGUUUGAAAGGUAUAUAUAUCUUUAACUAAUUUGUUUUAAGUAGUUCUAAAACAAUGUAUGUUAAAUUCAACAAGCUAUAAAGAACUUAUAUUUCAAGAAAUCCGACUUGAAAUUCAUAGAUGAAAGUAUAUGUAGUUCCAAAAAAAAUUAAAAAAAAGAUUAUUAAUAUUAAUUGAAUCAUUUUGUGAUUGGAAUCACCGAAGUGUUAGGUUAUGUUUUUUUGGGGGGUAUAAAAUUCAUUUUAAUAAUAUUCUUAUAUAUUCAGAAAGCAUAGUUUAAUGGUUAUUGAAGAAUAAUUAAAUACUUGUUAUGUUGUAUAAGUUUCUAUGUUAUUGUUGUAAUAAAAAGUUUGCUAUUAAAAUUAAAAUUUUGCAACAU